GAAGAAAUGAAUGCUGUGAGAGCUUACUUUAAUAGGGGUUGGAGAAUAGAUGACAUGAAGAAUACAGGAUACCUUUACCCGCAUGCUCACAAACACUUGAAAUAUAUGUAUUGUACCCUUUUCUGUGCCCUGUUGAGCUCUACUGUUGGAUCCUCCUUCCAUUAUAUCUGGAACAUUGGGGGCUUGUUCACUCUUCUUAUUGCUUCUGGAACUAUUUUCUUCCUUUUCACUAAACCGCCAUCAGAAAUAAAGAAGAGGGUCUGCUUGUUGAUCACUGGUGCCUUUUUUAUAGGGGCUUCCAUUGGCCCAUUGACCAAAUAUCUCUUCGGAAUUGAUCAAGGCUUUGUCAUCAACAUUUUGGCAUGUACAACAAUAGACUUUGGCACUUUCUGGGUGAGAUCCCUGUUAAUAAGGGACAGGAGCCUGUGUAACUGUUGGUGGUUGGUGAUCCUAAUGUUCUUUUGGUUUGCCUUUGCUUCUGACAUCUUUGGUGGCCACAGUGCUCGAUGGAUGGUACAGGUAUGGUCUUUGCUAGCGUUGUACAUGUUGUUCAUUUCAGUCUAUAGCAAAGAAGUGAUGAAUGAUUCUCUUUACGGAGAUGUGGAUUAUGUAAACCACGCAUGCACCAACUUGUUCCAUUUACCAGCUGUAAUGGUCCAUUUUGUUCGGGUACAAGUGGCUGCAAUGCUUGAGAGCUUCAAUCGUUGCAUGAGGCUCCUUAACCGAUAGGG